CUCUUCAGUUCUCUCUCUCUCUCUCUCUCUCUCUCUAUCUGUUCGUUAAAGCUCGAGAAGAUCAAGGGCAAUCGAUCUUGAAGUAGGACAUGGAUCUAGAUCUGUGGAUUUCAAAAAUUAAAGACGGGCAGCAUUUGAUGGAAGACGAGCUUCAGCUUCUAUGCGAAUUCGUCAAAGAGAUACUUGCUGAGGAGUCAAAUGUGCAACCUGUCAAUAGUCCGGUCACUGUUUGUGGUGACAUUCAUGGGCAGUUCCAUGAUCUAAUGAAACUCUUCCAGACAGGAGGUCACGUACCAGAGACAAAUUACAUUUUUAUGGGUGAUUUUGUUGAUCGGGGGUACAACAGUCUAGAAGUUUUCACCAUUCUUUUGCUUCUUAAAGCGAGGUACCCUGCUAACAUAACUCUUUUGCGUGGAAAUCAUGAAAGCAGACAACUAACUCAGGUUUAUGGUUUUUAUGAUGAAUGCCAGAGGAAGUAUGGAAAUGCUAAUGCAUGGAGGUAUUGCACUGAUGUUUUUGACUAUCUCACACUCUCAGCGAUUGUUGAUGGAACAGUGCUUUGUGUCCAUGGAGGUUUGUCACCUGACAUUAGAUCAAUUGAUCAGAUUAGGGUCAUUGAUAGGAAUUGUGAGAUUCCCCAUGAAGGGCCCUUCUGUGACUUGAUGUGGAGUGACCCUGAGGAGAUUGAAACUUGGGCAGUCAGUCCCCGUGGUGCUGGUUGGCUUUUUGGGUCCAGGGUCACAUCUGAGUUCAAUCAUAUAAACAACCUAGAUCUUGUUUGUCGGGCCCACCAGCUGGUACAAGAAGGUCUCAAGUACAUGUUUCAAGAUAAAGGCCUUGUAACAGUGUGGUCUGCGCCAAAUUAUUGUUACCGAUGUGGGAAUGUAGCAUCUAUUUUAAGCUUCAAUGAGAAUAUGGAGAGAGAGGUGAAGUUUUUCACUGAAACAGAAGAGAACAACCAGAUGAGGGGCCCAAGGACAGGAGUGCCAUAUUUCUUAUGAGCAAGGGAUGUGUUUGUCACUUAUAAAAUUAUUUCAGAAGUUUGGCGAUUCGUUGUUGUCGAUGGGAGGAGAAGAGAGAUGUAAUAACGAAGAAGCCUUCAAUACAUUGACUUGCAGGUAGAUCUUUAUUUUUGACGACUUGGUAGUUGCUGGUGCUUCUUUGGACUUGCCUGCGGGUUUUUGAUAUGUUUGUUGUAUAGUAAAGACACUAUUAGUUGUUGGUCUUAGCUGCUUACCUAGUUUUCUUUCCCUUCCAUUUUUUUUUAUUACUUACCUAGAUCAGUGCAUACUAAGAUUAAGACUGCCAUAUCUGAUACAGAAUGCAUGUGUUCAGCUGUGCGAAAUGUAAAGAUUCUUUUAGUGAAUCCUCUAAUUGUUAUAGAUGCUUAUCAUGUUACAAAUUUUACUGGCAACGUUCUUUCU